UAAAUUCAUAUCAAGGGAUGGAUUGUUUACAAAGACAGUCAAUGUGAAUGAAACUGGAGUGAUGAUCAGCAUGACUAGUCGUAAUAAUCCUGAUGCGAAUGGCAACGUGAUUACUUGGAUGAAAGAUGGAAGUGAGGUUCUUACAUCAUUUGGUGGGCAGACUCAGAUCAGCUUCCCAAACCCAAUCCAGACAUCAGACCAAGGAAUCUAUGAGAUCUACUAUGAUAACGAGAGGGAUCAAAAUAGAGGAGGAUUAUACAAACUCAUCGUCAGAGAAUGCGCUGCUGGUAAGUGGGGUCCCCCUGAGUGUUAUGGUAUCUGUGAUAAAUGCUACAAUGGUGGAGUCUGUGAUGACAAGUCUGGUCUGUGUAUCUGUCCUAACAACUUCAAGGGACCGAAUUGUUUAGAAAUUUGUAGAAAUGAUGGUGGAAAUCGAUUUGGAUUGAACUGCGAGUUUCGAUGUACUAGAAACAAUGAUCCUGCCACAAAAUGUCAUGGGUAUCUUUUUUGCCUACCUGAUCCUUAUGGAUGUUCAUGUGACGUCGGUGCCCAUGGUCUUGGAUGUAACACACGUAAGUCCUCCGAAGUUAUUUAA